AUGCCAAACUAUCGUGCAGGCGCCUGUCUGUGGCAGUCACUCGCUCGCAAUCCUUGUCUCCCACGCCGCUACUCGUCCAAACCCCAGAACCUCGAUAUCGAAUCGAUCUUGGCUGAGCCAAGCUGGUCUGUCCGAUCUCUACUUCCAGGCAAGACAGCAGAGCAAUCAACGACGUCUAUCACACCGCAAAAGUUGCGCCAUCUUCUGCGCCUAUCAGCUCUCCCCCAACCAUCCAACCCAGACGAAGAACAAUCCAUGUUACGGACCCUCGAGUCACAAAUUCACUUUGUGCAAGAAAUGCAGCGAGUUGAUACCACGGGUGUUGAGCCAUUGCGCAGUAUUCGGGAUGAGAGCCCGGCCGCAGUGAAGGAGACGACUAUUGGGCUUGAGCGGCUCAAAGAUGCCUUGGCUAAAGAGCACGUGAGUGGGCGACGGCGAAGAGUUCAGCGCGUACCAAGCGCAAGGAAUGGUCGCCCCGAAGAGGACAUAUGGAAUGGAAAUGCUCUUGACUCUGCAUCCAAGAAGAAGGGACCUUACUUCGUUGUUGAGACGGGAACCGGCCAAGCUUCAUAA